AUGGUAAAUUCAAUAGUUGAAGUUUUACUUAUGGAUAGCAAAUCACAAUUCAAAGCAAUUAAAAGAAAGGUAAUAGAUUCAAUAAUAAAGCUUGGAGAAAAUGAGCUGAUACUUAAACAGACGGCUGUCACAAAUAUUGGUAUACUUUUGGAUGAAUGCAAGAGUAAACCUUCACUAGAAAAUGUUAAACAAAUUUUAGUGGAGAUACUAAUGAGCAUGAUAGCAUACUCAACAGUAGAUUCCAGAAUUCAAAAUUUGGAUCAUUUUGUCUCAGACAUCCCACAUAUUUUAGACCUUCCAAAUAUAAUUCGUUUUCAAUCUAUGACCACUCUUUUAAAUUCAUGUUGUUACAAUGAACUUGAUAUUAUUAGGAGACUUUCAUCCAUAAUUAUUAGUGGGGUUGAAAACGAAGACUCCAAAUACUUGAUUCCAGCAAAUGUAAUUAGACCACUGUUGGAGAGAAUAGUAAAUAAAUAUAAAAACGACAUGCAAAUAAUUAAUGAAACUAUCAACUUUUUAUUUCACAAUAGACAAUGUAUAAAUAACAUGAUAGGAAUUUGUUUUGACAUGGAAGAAUAUGAUUUACUACACAAAUUUCUUUUAAUUAUUCUUCCUAUUAUUGAUAUAAAUACUUUAUCAAAUAUUUUUAAUUUUAUUAACGUAAAAAUAAUAACAUUCAACUUACAUAACUCACCUUGUCAACAUAAUGAAAUAAAUUCCAGAUUUAUUGAUAUUCUAUAUCUAAUGAUGGUGAAUAAUAGAUGCGAGUUUUCGCUGAUUAAUAUUUUGAUUACUAUCAUCCCUCAUAUUAAUAUUCAAAAAGAAACCAAUUUUAUCAUUUUGUCUCUGAUAAUUCUAUCUUCCAUAAUAGAGAACUCAAGACAAGAAGAGAAAACAUCUAAUAAUUUGGGAGAUCCUAUCCAAAUGAUUAGAUUAUUAAAAUUAACUCUUGAAAAUGGAGGGAUCAAUGGGAUAAUUGACAGAAAACUGGAUAAAAUUAAAGAUCUCAUGUUUAUUAUACUUACAAUAUUAUUAUAUAAAUCUAAAGAUAUUUCUGAGUUUGAAGUUCUUGUUGAAGUAAUAGAACUUUUUUUAAAAAAUUUCAAUGACAUUAACGUUAUUAUUUUAAUAUCCGCAUUAGUUUAUCAUAUUAAAGGCGAUUUAAUUGAAAAUGAUCCGUUUUGUUGUUAUUCAAAAAAGAUAUUAAAGGAGAAAUUCAAAUUCAAUGGGAUUGAGGAACUUAAAAGUAUAGAAUUUAGUUAUUCUUCAUCUGAACAUUUUUCUGGAGAAGAUAUUUAUGAUGAGAUCAAUACAUUAAUGACUGAAAAUAGUCAGAAAUUCAUUAAAAACGAAUGGGACAAUAAUACUGAAGAUAUCAAGAAUGAGGCGAUCAGCAUAAUUUAUAAUGGGCUCUAUUUAGCAUUGAAUUAUGUUAAAAUACGUUAUUUUUUGGAAAAUAACUUGGUGAACAACUAUAUUUACGAUGAAAUAUAUUGUUUUUCAAUUAUUAGCAUAUUUAUAGAAAGGAUAAUAAAGUAUAUUGAAAGUAAAAAUCCAAAAUAUUGUCAAGAAAUAGUCCAACUUGCUCAAAAGUUUUUAAUAUUCAACAAUAAGUACCAAAUUAAGAUAUUUGAUUCAUUAUUUCCUAUCUAUGAAUUUAUCUUGAGACAAUCGAAACAAAUUAGUGAAAUUGAUACAAUUACUGAUUCUCUUCAUUAUUCAAUAAUUUCUUUUGGUAAUAACAAAAACACGAUUCCUAUUGUAUAUAAUAAAAUAAUAUCUGCUGAAAAUCAACUUAAAACAAAAGUUUUAGAGAAAAUUUACUAUUUAUUUUUAAAAGGUGAAUUGCCAUAUUCAAAGUUAGAGAGUUUCUUAAUUAAUCAGAUUGAUUCCGAACUUUCCAAUACCAAUAAUGCUUUAGACAAAUAUCAAAAUGGAAUCAAGAUUUUAUUUUGUGUUAUAAGGUAUAAACCUGAUAUAGUUGAUGAAGUUAUUAUUGGAAAAAUACAAAAUGGAUUAAACUCAAGUAACAAAGAUGUUGUUUCGUAUUCACUUCAUUGUUUAAUCGAACUAUGCAAAUUUGGAAUUAUUGACUACGAUAAAUGUAUUAAAAUUCUUCUUGCAAUUCAUUCUAAUAUUUUGAUUAUUGAUUUUAAUCUGCCAAACAAUAUUACCCAGUUGAAAGUUAUUAAUAAUCAAAAUUUUGGAACUAAUAAUAGUACAUACCCUGUUGAAAUUUUAUCAAGCUUUCUUAGAUUUUUUGGGCUCUAUAUUGAUCAAAAAUGGCCUUCAGAAAAUGAAUCUUAUCAGAAGAAAAUCCCUAAUAAUUUGUUUUAUAUUUUGUCCAUGUUAACAAAAAUUAUCAGGGAUAAAGCAGGACUUGAAUCAGUUUAUUGUCUUAGUAUAUUUUCAAAAAUUAUUCUUGACUUUUUUUACCAACAUAUAAAUAUGGAUAUUACUUUAAAGAGUUUUUUAUCAUGGUGUAUUGAAUUAAGUUUUUCAGCUGAAAUCGGUAACUUCUUUGAUCUUUUGGAUAUUUUACAACAGUUUAUCAUCAUUAUGCAUAAAUGUAAUAGGAUUGACUUUAAUACAUUGCAAUUCUUUUUAUUAAAUAUAUCGAGUCCUUUAAAAACUAUUUUGAAUUUUGAACUUGUAAAUGAAAUUUUUUUCUCUAAAAAACAAACAAAUAAUCAACAAUUUGGCAUGUAUAAUAUGAAUAUUAAAUACAACACAAUAGAAGACAAUUUUGCCAUGAAAGAUACUUUUCUUGAAAGUAUAGAAGGUAAUUCAAAUAUUAAAGAAUCCAGUGAAUUAAUAAUGAAUAAAUUGAAAUCAAUUAAGGCAAAAACUACUCAUAACUAUUAUAUACAGGAAAUUCUUGGACUUUUUUUAUAUAAUUCAAAGCAGGUUAGAAUCGAGGUAAUGAAGAAUAUUGACCAAAUUAAUAUUGAAGAAUUCAAAAUAAAUGUAUUAAAAGAUUUAUUUAAAUUUAUUCGUAAUAUUAAAUUUAUUUCUUGUGCAACAUUUCAAUGGCAAAUGAUAUUUCAAUUCAUUAAAAUAUUAAAGGAAUAUUUUAAUCAAUUAGAGUUUAUUUUCGUUGAAUUAGUUCCCAGAUCAAAAAACAACAAAAUUACUAGCAACAUAGAACAAGAAACUUUAUUUCUUUUUUUUUUGUUACUAUCGUACUUACCUUCAGUAAAUAACUUGGACUCAAUAUUUAAUGAAAAUUCUGAUUUAAUCAAGAAAUGUAAACUUAUUAGAGAUGGUGAAAAACAAUUAUUUGAUGAACUUUUUAUUGAAAACCAAGCUAUUUUAAUACUGUUUUUAUCAUCUCUUGUGAUUCUUAGGUAUGACAUACUAAAUCACUUAUAUGAAAGUUACAUUUCGGAAAUUGCUAAUCUUGAAAUAUUACCGAACAAACUAUUCAUUACAUUUGUUAAUUCUGAUAUAAUGAUAAAUAAACAUUUUUCAAACAAAAACUGCUUACUUCAGUAUUUCAUAGCAAAGGAACCAUUAACUAUUGAAAGAAACACACUUAUUCAAGCUUUUCAACAACAAUAUUAUAUAAAUAAAGAAAUUAACACCAUAGAUUUUGUUUCAUGCUUAUUGAAACAUUUGCAUCAACACGGUUUUAACCAUCUUGAUAUACUAAAUAAAUAUUUCACAAUUGCUAAUGAGGAUAAUUUUAACAUUUAUACGAAUUAUGGAACUGAAAAUCAGCUUCUAGAACAGAUCUGUGUCACAUCAAGUGCAAAUCUAAUAAAUAGUUAUACUUUUGGUGUUUUUUCCUUUUUUGAUAUUGCAUUUGAUAGUUUUUCUGAGAAGGACAAAUUGUUGGACCAUUUACUUUAUCUUUAUCUUUCUAUGAACAAUGAUCCAAAAAAUAUUGCUAAUUUGGUUUUCCGAACAGCAUCUGCAGUUAAAUUGUUUCAACAUGAAAUGCUCACAGUAUAUCAAAUAUUUGAAUAUAUUAACCAUUAUUUCAUUUUAAGUGACAGUAUUAAUCACUUUAAUAACGGAGUCACACAAGAAAUUAAUUUUCAAUUGGGUUUAAUUAGAGCAUUUUGUUUUUCAUUUGUAAAUUAUUAUCUGAAGAAAAUGAUCUCCACUAAUGGCAAGCAAAUAUUGAAGAAUGAGCAAAUAUUCAUGAUUGAAGAAUAUACUGUUGUGAAUAUGAAUAUUGUCAAAUAUCUCAUUUCAACAAUAUUUUAUGAAAAUAGCUCUAAUGAAAAUCAGGCAUUUAUUAUUUCCUGCAUAAAGUUAUUAAAGGGAUAUUACUGGGUCCCUUGGAUAUCCUUCUUAUAUAACAAAUCCCUAAACAAUUUUGACAUAUUAAAUGAAAUAUGUGGAAUAAUUCAUAAAAACCAAUUAUCUAGUAUUAAAACUGAAAAUAAAAAUGUAAAAUUAUUCGACAAAUAUUCAAAUAUUGAUUUGCUACUACAAUCCUGUGUUAAUGAUCCAAUAAAGAUGAGUAUAUGCAUACUACUAUUAUCAUUUCAAACGAUCAAUUUAUCUACUUCUUUAGAAAAUAAACUCAAUUUUCACAACAAAGAAAAAUACUUUGAUAUUAAAAUGUUAAACAAAAACACUUUAUUUUUUGUAUCAAUUUUAAAAUUGGAUAGCUAUACUUUCAGACUAAAGAAUAAAAUAGAAAAUAUACAACUUAAUAAUAAAAAGUUGAAUUUUAGAGAUAUUGUUUUGCAAGAUUUAGUAAUGAUUGGUGUUAUUAUUGAGCUGUUUGAAACUACAAAGAUUUGUGAUAAGUUCACAAAUUUUGACAUAUCAAACUCACUUGAUAUUAUUUUUUUCCAAAUAAUCAUACCAUUAUGUGAUUUGAUUUUAUUAAAAAGUGAAGAUGAUGAAAAUAAAUUAAUAUUAGAAUGGUUUAUCACUUUGAUUACAAAAUUUCUAAUUUCUUAUUUGAGCUCAAAUAAUAAUUUUGCACCUAAAGUCAUUGAAUUUGGUUAUUCAUUGGUUAAUAUUUUUAAGAAGUCAAAAUUCAAUAACUUAAUUAUGCUCGGAUUCACGAGAACUGUUGGAGUUAUUUUAUUUACAAGUGACUCAAAUUUUUCUCAGUUACACGAAUUUAUAAUUAAUAUUUUUGAUACAUUGUCAAAUUUGGAGAGUUUUGAAAUGCAAAUUACUACACUAUUUGUUAAUUUAAAUUCAGUUUUUAAUUCAGCAGCUAUUUUUAAAAAACCUCUAAUUAAUAUUAAAAUAGAUGUUUUAAUUAAGUCAUUGGGAGAGAUAUCCUACAAACUACAUAGAUUCUAUAAUAACCCAAUUAUAAACUCAUUUAAACUUUUAAUAAAUACUAUCUACGAUUUUUUGAAUUCAAUUAAUCAGAAAAGUAUCAUUUCAAAUCUAUUGAAAAGCAUUCAUCCACUUUUUCUGGAUGCACUUAUACUUGAAAACAAACUUUCUAUCAAAAUUAUUCACGAAUUUUAUUUGAAUCUUGAAAUCCAAGAAAUCAAUUAUGAACUGAUAUAUUUGGCUAACUUUUAUUAUUUAUAUUCAUUGAAAAAUGAAUCAGCCGAAUCAGAAAUUCUGAACUUCUUAUAUAAAGAUUUUAUUGAAUCUGGAGAUGUCUCUUUAAAACGUACUGUGGUGAUCACAUAUUUACUUUUGUUUAUACUGAUACCUGACUCUACUUCUUUUCUAUUUAAUUAUUGCUUUAAUAAAGAUUUACAAUAUAAUAACGAUAAUGCUGAUUCUGAAGAAAAUAUUGUGAAUAAUUGGAUAGACUUACGUAAUAUAUAUUUACUAGAUUUAGAAGAUAAUCCAAAACUAAGAGUUUGGAAUGAACUAUUUUUUAAUAACGAUGGAAUAAUAUUUCUAUCAAAAUUUUACUAUUCAAUUAAACAACAAUUAUUUUCAACUAUCGAUACAAAUUUAUUUUAUGACAAAGAAAUUAUUUCUUUCUCUUUAUAUGAAUAUCCAAAAGUAUUUUUAUUUGACUUGGAAUGUAAUGUAAAAUUUGAUACUUGGAGAAAAUCUGUUUCAAAUUUACUCUUCUACUCAAAAUGUAAAACAAUUAAUGUUGAUCAAUAUCCAUGCUUAGAAUAUAACAGCAGCUUUUUCCUUGAAAUCUCCCACAAAUUAUUAUUUAAAUUGAAAAACAAGGACUUGAAAAUAUCACUUGGACAGUUUAAAAAUAUAUUAAAAGUUAUUAUAAAAAAACUUAUAGAAACUAAUGGUAUUAAAAAAAUUUAA